AUGCGGAAGGACAAUUCUCAACCUAAACAAGAAGAACAGUCUGACCAAGAAGACCAAGAGCCCAUAACCCAAAAACCUAUUUAUGAAGCAUCUUCGGAUACAAGUUCUGAAGAAGAAAAUAAUCAAGAACAGUCUGAAGAUGGUGAAGAAAUAGAAGAAAUCGCUAAUUUAUUCAAAAAAAGAACCAGAAGAAGGCGCCACUUUGAAGAUAACGAAGAAGAUGAAAAUUUAGUUGACUCAAUCCUAAAAGAAAUGGACAAAGCAGCAGACGAUGAUAUAGACGCCAAUAGAAAUGAUCUCCCAGCCUUAAACAAGCUUAAAAUCCUUGAUAAAGUCACCAAAUUCCUCAUUGUCAGCAAAUAUCAUGAUCUAUUCUUAGAAAUGAACGGGACUUUUAUACUAGGAAAAUGGCUCGCACAAAUGCCAGAUGGCUCAUUUCCUUCAACGCCUUUAAAAUUAGGCCUCCUCCAAGCUAUCCAAGAUCUUCCAAUCUCCACAAAAAAUCUGCAGGAAAGCGACUUAGGAAAAAGCGUUAUGGCGAUUUACCGAAAUCCUAAUGAAACGGUUAAUGUUAAAAGAAUCGCUAAACUCCUGAUUGAUAAAUGAAGCCGAAUUAUUUAUGAAAUUGAAACUAAUUAUACGAUUCUCAACCAAGCUGAAGAAAAUGAAGACCCUGAAGUCCCCAGAACUGAGCACCCCAAGCCAAAUUUGAACAAAAUUUUAUACAGUCAAGAAAAUAACACACCAUUUGCGAGAAUUCCAGAAAAAAAUUUAUUUGAUUUCAAGUAUAGACCGACUAAAUCGUCUGAGGAUCAUUCGUUGAUGCCUGAUAGGAAUAGUGAGGCUAUUAAUAGAUUAAAAAAGAAGCUGCAGAUAAGAAAGAAAAGGGUCAAAAGAGCGACUGGAGAAAUGAGCGUGGAUGGAAGAAAUCUUUAUUAA